UUCUCUCAUCUCUAUAUUGUAUCUGUAAUAUUUGAAUUGAAUGUCUGUGCAAUGUGCAGAAUGUUUAUAAUUAGUAAUUUCUAUUCUGUGAUCAGUGAUUGCAUUAGCCGAUAAUGAGCCAAAAAUGUAUACCGUUUACUUUUUAUAUUUAUAAUACUUACUAUUAAAUAAACAAAUCAUAUAGGGAAUUCAUGACAUAUUGAAAUUUGUAAACGAUUACUAACCGAAUAGAUUUUUAAUCAUUAUAUGCUGAAAUAAACACGUAUAGACUCAAUAUAGAAAAACUGAUGAAGCGAAAUUACAUUUGAAUGUUAUUUUGUAACAUUCAUUUAAUAACGGGACUAUAACUCCGCCAAAAUUAAUUACUAUCCCAAAUACGACAUUAUUUCCGCCAUGGCUAAGCCAGUGCUGUAUUCAUACUGGCGUAGCUCAUGCUCUUGGCGUGUUCGUAUUGCAUUAAAUCUGAAAGAAAUACCUUAUGACAUAAAAGCAGUUAGUUUGAUAAAAGGUGGUGGAGAACAACACUGCAAUGAAUAUCGAGAGGUGAAUCCAAUGGAACAAGUUCCUUCCCUUGUUAUAGAUGGGCAUACAUUAAUAGAGUCUCUUAGUGUUAUGCAUUAUUUGGAGGAAACCAGACCUCAAAGAUCACUAAUGCCGCAGGACUGUUAUAAGAGAGCUAAAGUUAGAGAGAUUUGUGAGGUAAUAUCAUCUGGAAUUCAACCGCUACAGAAUUUAAUAGUUCUUAUCCAUGUUGGUGAAGAGAAAAAAAAGGAAUGGGCGCAGCACUGGAUAACAAGGGGAUUUCGAGCUGUUGAAAAAAUUUUAUCUUCUGUUGCUGGAAAAUACUGUGUUGGAGAUGAGAUUAGCUUGGCAGAUUGCUGUCUGAUACCUCAGGUUUUUAACGCUAGAAGAUUUCAUGUAGACCUUCGUCCAUUCCCAAUUAUUUUACGUAUCGAUCGAGAAUUGGAGAAUCAUCCGGCUUUUCGCGCCGCCCACCCUUCAGCUCAGCCGGACUGCCCUCCAGAAGCUGCUAAAUAAUAAAAACAGAUAGUUCACAUUUUAUGUUAACAUUCCAUUUCUUAUUGAUAGACAUUAGUUAUUAUGUUCUUGGAGUUGCAGUUGUUAGCAUUGCAGGUAGUGAUGUAUCUAUUAAAUCAUGGAAUUUAUUUAUUGUACGUGCCAUAAUAAUGAGAUGACCGUAUUAUUUGAAUCACUUGUCAUACAUCUAGUCAUAUUGUGUACAUGACGGAUGCCUUUUAAGUUUUGUCGUUUGAAUAAAAAAAUACAACUAGAACCUCAGAGUACUUUUUAUUGUCUUUCAAAGUAUUCACCGCGUAGCUUAAUACAAUUUUCUUUUCGCUUAAAACAGUUAUUAUAAUAUUUAUUCCACUUUAAAGUGGGGUGUUCAAAGUGGCCAACUUGAAAGCGGCUACUCCAUACAGUCCUGACCUUAGCCCUAAUGAUUUAUUUUAAUGGUAAAGAAUUUCUACUUUUCCCUGCUUCAAAUACUUUGACGUCAAUCGUUUGACGAGCGCUGUGUGAGUUUACGUUGUCGUGGUGCAAGAUGAUGCGUCUCUUUGAGUUAGAUUUUCGAAAUUCGGCGACUUGUAAAAUGUAUACAUGUAUACCACUCUGCGUUAACCGUUCUACGAUCUUCGAGUGCAAUAGUCACAACAUGGCCGGUUUUCCAACUAACGUGGCUUCUUUGAAGUGCUUCGAGAACGAACAUUUUUAGUCGGCUUUGGCUCAUCUGGAAAGACCCACAUUGUAGAUUGUUGUUUGGAAUCAGGUUCGUAGUUUUGCAGAGUUCUCUUACACCAUCUAACAGAGGUCUCCUUGUAAUUGUCGGAAAGCAGAUGCGGUGUCCAACCGCAAACUAGCUUUCUCACACCAAGCGCUUCGUGCAAUAUCUUCUGAAUGUUUGUCCUUGAGAUGCCUAAUAGUGCUUAUAUCUCUCGAUACGUCAUAUGACAGUCUUCGAGAAUUAGUUGU